GAUGACCGGGCUUGGAGACGGGAGUCUGGCUGGGCGGCCAGGGUGCCCAUUUCUCUGUCUGACCCCCCCAGAUCUGUGGGCAGUGUUGAUGGACCCAACUCGGCCCCCGGUACCGCGAACCCCAGGGGCACUACCGGGUGCUAGGACCGCGCGGGCCCCCAGCGUGGAGCCCAGGGUAUUCCUGAGACCUCGCCCUUCUUGUUGAUGAUUGGCUGCCGCGUCCUGGUGCUGGUUCCCAUUGGUGGAGGCAACCGCCGCUCUCCGGGAUUCUCCGCCGCCGGGCCGCCCCGCCCGGACCGCAAAGACCCGGCCUGCGGACUCCGCGGCCGCAAAGGAGGUCGCGAGCCUCACCGGGAGGACAGCGGCGCGCCGAACGAGCAGAGCGCGGCGCGGGUCCUGGGGCUCCCGACCGGGUCCCUCUGCGCCGGGCGGACGUCGCCACCGCUCGCGCCAUGGGCCCGGGGCCCCCGGUGGCCGGGGCGGGGGCGUCCCCUCGGCCGCUGUCGCUGGCAGCGCGACUGAGCUACGCCGUGGGCCACUUCCUCAACGACCUGUGCGCGUCCAUGUGGUUCACCUACCUGCUGCUCUACCUGCACUCGGUGCGCGCCUACAGCUCGCGCGGCGCCGGGCUGCUGCUGCUGCUGGGCCAGGUCGCCGACGGGCUGUGCACGCCGCUCGUGGGCUACGAGGCCGACCGCGCCGCCGGGGGGCGCUGCGCGCGCUACGGGCCACGCAAGGCCUGGCACCUGGCGGGUACCGUCUGCGUCCUGCUGUCCUUCCCCUUCAUCUUCAGCCCGUGCCUGGGCUGUGGGGCGUCCACCCCCGAGUGGGCCGCGCUGCUGUACUACGGGCCCUUCAUUGUGGUCUUCCAGUUCGGCUGGGCUGCCACCCAGAUCGCUCACCUCAGUCUCAUCCCGGAGCUGGUCACCAGUGACCACGAGAAGGUGGAGCUUACGGCGCUCAGGUAUGCUUUCACCGUGGUGGCCAACAUCGCAGUCUAUGGGGCCGCCUGGCUGCUUCUGCACCUGCAGGCCUCCUCCCACUCAGGGCCCACCGAGGACAUCGCCGUGGGUGACCAGCUGGGUGUCCAAGAUGUGCCCGUGUUCCGGAACCUGUCCCUGGCAGUGGUAGGAGUGGGAGCUGUUUUCUCCUUGCUCUUUCACCUGGGCACCCGUGAGCGGCACCGGCCGAGGCGGGUGGAGGAACCAGACGAGCAUAGUCCCCUGAUCUCCUCAGCUACUGGGCCCCUGCUGCUCUGGAAACAUUGGCUCCGGGAGCCAGCUUUCUAUCAGGUAGGCAUUUUAUACAUGACCACAAGGCUCAUUGUGAACCUGUCCCAGACCUACAUCGCCAUGUACCUCACCUACUCCUUGCACCUGCCCAAGAGGUUCAUUGCGACCAUCCCGUUGGUGAUGUACCUCAGUGGCUUCUUCUCCUCCUUCCUCAUGAAGCCCCUCAACAGGUCCAUCGGGAGGAACUUCACUUACUUCGCUGGGCUCCUGGUGGUCCUGGCCUUCGCCUCCUGGGUGACGCUGGCCGACAGGCUGGGCAUGGCAGUGUAUGCGGCAGCUGUGCUGCUAGGUGCGGGCUGCGCCACCAUCCUGGUCACCUCACUGGCCAUGACGGCCGACCUCAUCGGUUCCCACUCGCAAAGCGGAGCCUUCGUGUACGGUGCCAUGAGCUUCUCGGACAAGGUGGCCAACGGGCUGGCCGUCAUGGCUGUGCAGAGCCUGCACCCCUGCCCAGCUGUGCUGCAAGGCCUGCAUGGACUUCUACCACUGGGUCAUGGUGGCUGUUACGGGCGGCGUGGGUGUGGCCGCCACCCUGGCGCUCUGCAGCCUGCUGGUCUGGCCCAUCCGCCUUCGGAACCAGAACCGAGGCCGGCCAUGACCCAGUGGGCUCCGCAGCUGCACAGACGGAGGGACCAUGUGCCUGGAGCCCAGUGCUGGGCUUGGGGAUGGUCCCACUGGCCCCAGCUCUGGGGCUGCCCUCCGGGUGGGGUGGGCGGCCCUCUCUGGGGCAGGGCAGGGAGCGAGGUCCCGUGGGGGUGCAGGGCCCAGGGACAGCCUUGCCUGUGCCCUGGCUGGACUCAAGGCUGUGGGGCUGGGCCCGGCCACAUGGGCAGCGGGGCUGCCCGGGACUCCGAGGUCCCCACUGGGAGUAAAUAAAGAGGUGCCCACAGGGUGGGGACCCUACUCAGCUGCUCUGUGCCUGGGACUGGGUGGGGUCUGGGGAGUGAGGGCCACUGCCUGCCCAGCGUCUGCUGUCCUGGCUGUGGUCACCGGGGACUCCCUUGAUGCCCGCCCACCCCGUGGCCCUGCUCUCUCCAGAUCAGCCCUACGCAGCGUGGGGGUGCAGAAGCUGGAGGAAGAGGGGCGUUGGGCGGCUGGCAGGGACAGCACAGGCAGAGGCGGGUGGCGUGGACAGCAUGAGCUUUAUAAGAAGCUGUGGCCUGUGAGGACCCACGGGCGGUGGAGGGACAGUAGGGCUCCAGGUCCCAGUGCCGGGCGCUCUGGGUGGUGUAGCGUGGGCGCUGUGGCUGGGACAGGCCAGGCACAUAGUCGGACGCCUGCCAGGGCCGCUCCAUCCCGAACUGGUUCCUGUUGACCACUGCGGGGAAGGACCCGGUCACCGUGCAUCCCCGGCGUCCUGGCCCCUGCUGGGCAAGGGCUCCCUGCUCCCCCAACCCCUGCCUGUCCUGUUUGCCUUCCUCACCAAAUUCCUUGUCCCGGAUGGGCCUGUUCCUCCACGGCACACUCCCCCACUGAGUGCCGGGACUCAGGUACGGGGCGGGCAUGGUCGGGUCAUGCCAGGCUGUGUCCCAAAGGUGCUGGGUGUAGGCUGUGGGGUGGGAGAACGGGGCUUAGUGGCUUCGCCCCUCGCCAGGCUGGCUGGGGCUUGGUGGCAGGGUGGGCCGUGAACUCACCCAGGGGCAAGCGGUGCUCGCGGUGGCUGUAGCAUCCCUGCCAGCAGGCGUGGGCCUCGCGGCAGUGGCCAUCCAGGGUGCUCAGGCCCGUGUACCAUAGCUGGCCGGCUGCGUCAUGCCCCAUGGGCGUGUACUUCCACCGUGUUGCCUGCUUGAUGACCGGCGCCCAGCGGGGUCCCUCCAGGGACAGGUAGUCAUUGCUGGGGGCCAGGGACGGGCUGAAUGUGGCUGUCCCUGGGCCUCCUGGCCUCAGCUUGGGCAUCUCAAGAAUGGGCACAUUGGUCCCUUUGCAAAGUCCCACUUGGCCCUGAGCCCCCGGCUUGGGAUGCCUCUGGGGCUCCCUCUGCACAGGGCCCCUCUGCCCAGCAUCCCUGACCCUCAGGAACCUUUUGCCUUUAAGCUCCUCCUACCCAAGGAAGAGAGGGGGAGGGGAAGACGAAGGUGGUGGCCACUUCUGGAUACAUUUAAAAGUCUUUGUCUCGCCAUAUGUGGUGGCCCAUGCCUAUCAUCCCAGCAAUCCCAGAGGCUGAGGCAGGAGGAUCACAAGUUCACACCCAGCCUGGGCAACUUAGUGACUUAGGGAUACCCUGUCCCAAAAAAGACUGGGGAUGGAGCACAGUGUGAAGGCCCUGGGUCAACCUCAGUACCACAAAAACAAAACAAAACAGAAGUCCCUGUCUCUUCCGCCAGAUCUGCAGUUCCCUUCUUCCCAGAAACCCCUCUGAUCGAGGAGGUGUAGCAAGAGGAUGUGACUCAGCCUGGGGCUGAACAGGUGGCCCAGGGAGGACGAAAUCGUCUCAGAUCAAAUGUGAAAUGGUGUGACUGCCUGAAGAGUGCCACCCAGGUGGCCUCAGAGGCAGAAAGCCUCUUAGGCUGAGGGCCCCGGAGGCCUCCCCUGAAGCAGUGCCCACAGCAUGUGCAAAGGCCCUGAGGCAGUGCAUGCCAAGAGGAAGGGAACAGGAAAGACCAGAGCUGCCAUACUGAGGGGGGAAGUGGAAAGAUGCUCCUGAUGUGAAAAACCACACUUCAGUGGGGUUAUUCAGAUAACAGCUCGGCCCGUAAUCCCAGGUACUCAGGAGGCGGAGGCAGAAGGAUCAAAAGUAUGAGGCCAGCCCGGAUAAUUUAGUGAGCCGGUCUCCAAAAAAUGAAACCCUGAAAACUAAAACAGUGUUGGGGUGUGGCCGAGCGGUAGAGCGCAGACAUGCAGGAGACCCUGGAUUCCAACCUCAGAAAGGCAAAGUGAACAAAAA